AUAAACUACCUGGUCAGCAUUGAUGACGAAGGGAAGCUUCGAUGGGCUCGCAAUAACGCUUUAAUCGAUACCACUGAAGGAAAAUGGCAAGUUCGGGGCGAAGGCAAGGGUAUCAUUCCUCAAGAUAGCACUCGUACAUAUCCCCCCAUCCCUCCUCACCGCAAUAGUUUCGGGUCCCUAUCGUCUACUUCAGUCAGAUCCCGACAGGAAGACGAAGCAACUCAUUAUGCCGGGUCCCAAAAGGGACGAACUCGACUUGGACGAGCCAUUCGUCGGCACUUCACAUUGAGAGGCACGAUGGAUAGAUUGUUGAGAAAAACAGUGAGAAAGAAUACAUGGAUCUAUGUCGCAGUACGUUGCAAUAACUCGAGAUGCUUUAAGCUAAUACGCGGUCAGGAUAAGAGCUGUGAGUCAUGCAUAAUGUGUUUAACUUGUAUGCAUAAGAAACGCACUUCCAGUCAACAUGUUCAUUGGAAUCAAAGGUAUUGA